UUCCUUAUCCAGUUCCCUUAAAAUGGACGUGGAAGAAGAACAGUGUCCAGACCUUCCCCUCUGACUCUGUGCGGUUAAAUUUCUUCUCUUUUAUUAAACCUGUUGACCUGUAAACACCAGAGGAGUUCAGGCUUCAUGGUACGCGACGGCCUUAAGAAUGACAGGAGUACAGACUGGGCUUGUGCUGUUAUGGUGGCUUGUGCAGCUAUGGACAGUGCCAUGCAGGGGCCAAGAGCUAGUAGACAUGAUGGACAAGGGUGUGUUCCAGCCCCAAAGUGCCCUCAGCGACAUGGAGUUUGUCACCGUAAGCUCCUACCGAGGCCCUGGCAACAGUGACAUGCGUAGCAACAAAGAAUUACCCAUCCUCCUGUGGUGGAGCGCCAAUCUCUUCCCCCAUUUCCCUGGCGACACUGAGCGGGUGGACUGCGCCCACUCGUCCUGCCUGGUCACACGCAACCGCAAGGUCCAGCUGCAACGCCGUACUACUGCCAUCAUUUUCUAUGGCACUGACUUCCGUGCAUAUGAGGCACCGCUGCCUCGUCUGCCCCACCAGACAUGGGCUCUAUUUCACGAGGAGUCGCCCAUGAACAACUAUGUCCUGUCACACAGCCCCGGCAUCCGGCUUUUCAACUACACAGCUACGUUCAGGAGGGAGUCGGACUACCCCCUCACCUUACAGUGGCUGCCAUCACUGGACUACCUCCUCAAGCCUCCCUCAGUCUCUCUGCAAGAGAAGAACCGCUGGAGGCGGGCUGGGCUGGCGCCGGUGCUCUACAUGCAGUCUCACUGUGAUGUGCCUUCAGACCGAGACCGCUAUGUCCAGGAGCUGAUGAAGUUCAUACAGGUGGACUCCUACGGGAAGUGUCUCAAUAACAAGCCUCUACCUGAGCAUUUGGAGGACACCAGCACUGCCACUGGUGAGGACCGAGAGUUUAUGAGCUUUGUCGGCCGCUAUAAGUUCCACCUCGCCAUGGAGAACGGCCUGUGUCCCGAUUAUAUGACUGAGAAACUGUGGCGGCCCAUGCACCAAGGGUGCGUGCCCAUCUACAGGGGCUCAUCCUCCGUAGCUGACUGGCUUCCAAAUGCCCAUUCUGCCAUUCUCAUCGACGAUUUCGCCUCCCCACAAGAACUAGCUGAGUUCAUCAAAACUCUGGAUCAGGAUGAUGAGGAGUAUUUGCGCUACUUGGAGUACAAGACACCCAGCAAGAUCACCAACAUCCGCCUCCUGGAUGGGCUCCAGAACAGAGAGUGGGGUGUCAAUGACAUGAGUAAGCCCAAUUACCUGAAUGGUUUUGAGUGUUUUGUGUGCGACCGGGAGAACGAGCGACUGGCGGCCAUGAAAGCUCACUGCCGGGACCCUGCAAAGUACCCUGCACCCCAGCCCAAAAUGGCCAACAGCAGCCAUAUGGGCUGCCCACUUCCUAGCCCUGGCUAUGGACCCAUAGAAGAGAUUGACCCCAAUGAUGGCUGGCUUCAGAUGUGGCCGCAGGACUACUGGCAGAGCCUGGACCAGGCGGAGGGUCUGGUGUCACUGAUAAGCCACAAUGAGUCUGACCCCACGCUGCUAUGGCAGCACAUUCACAGCAUGGCUAUGAGGAGAGGCAGCGGUCAAUGACACGAGAGCCUCUCCAGGGGAGUAUUUUACCUCAUGGCCUCCUGCAGGGGCAGCGUUUUAAAAUCAUGGAGGACUUUUUCUGUGCCAAAAUACGCCCACUGAGGCCAAAGCCAAAAUAUCGAAACCACUUAAGGUUCAUCUUUUCCGCUUGAGUAGAACUACGGUUCUGUCCACACUCGGUGAAAAUCUCUUGGUCAGUCAGGUAAGUUGGUCAUCAAUCUUACCACAUUAAAAAUGCUCAACGUGUACACGAGCAUAUGCGCUGAGAACGACAGCAGGUUCUACAUCAUGUUCUGUCUGAAGGCAUCCAUGUUCAGCAUGUUCAGAACUGAUAUGCAUAACUGAAUGUAAUUAGUUUGCGUUUUUACAUUGUUCACGAAGUCACCAGGGUUUGUUUAAUCCAUGUUUAUAUGCAGACACCUUAGAACACGAUCAGCACAGGAACAGAAUCAUUCUGGUUUUGCAUUUAUCAGUGCAGCUGUUACGAACAAGUCCUUCUGUGAUUUAUGAAUAAUAUAUUUGUCAGGCUGUCGAACCUGACAUUCAGAUUCAGCCGCUGCUCAUGUCUAAUAUACAAGAUGACUGAGUAACUGUUCAGGUUUUGUAAGUCUUGCAGGUCUUUUUAGCCUUUCAAAUGUGCACAUAUGUAAACAUUUUGAGUAUGAAGUAUUUAUAUAUUUAUAUUUCUUUUUGUACUUUGCAUAUUUUGUAAGCUGGAAUGACAACACAAAUAAAAAGAGGAUAUACACAAACUUUUA